AUGAACCACCACCUGCCGGUGAUGCCGCAUGGGCAGCCACCUAUGCCUCCCUCCAGACGGCAGCAGGACUUUGGCUACAACUCUAUCCCUCCCAACAUGCGCUCCCCUCAGUACAUUGGGUAUCCGCCACACAUGAAUGGCCACAUGCCCCAACCUUACCACCAACCAUAUGGCCAGUGGUACCCGCCCUAUGGACAUACCAUGCAGCCACCUCCGCGGCCACAGUAUCAACAGCCGCAUUAUGGACCUAUGAUCGUAUCUUCCUAUCCUCACGUGCAGCCUGUCAUGGCGCCAACCCACCUUCCGCCCCAUUCCAUGCAUAUGCAACAAAGAACUUCGACUCCCCAACAGCCCAUCAUGACUCCGCCCGUCAUGAUGCCCGCAAUGUCGCCCAUGCAGCCAGAAAUGCAGGCACCUCCACCUCCUCUGCCUCAUCCGGUUCAAGGAUAUCCCGUCGCCUCUCCAUCGCCACGAUGGGAGCCCAAAACAACCGCUCCGCCCAAGCCUGCUUUCACCCCACCUCUUCCUUGGCUCUCUGUUCCAGAACAAUCAUUCCCACCUAGAAUCCCGCGCAGGCGUCGCAAGGCUCGCGCGAUGCAAUGCUCUGUUGAGUUGCCUGCUAAAGAUGCCAAAAACGUUGCGGAGACCCACGAUGAAGAAACCAUUGUCUCUCAUGCGCCCACCCAAGAGACAUCGGAGCCUCAAACUCCAACCACUACCUUCCAACAAUCGGACACCGACUCAACGCAGCCCACCACUCCCUCAUCAGCCGCAAAAUCACAGGCCCAAUCUAAACCCUCUAAGCAAGCACCUGCUCCCGUGGUCCCGGCGGUCCCAAAUGUGCCAGCGACCCCGCACCGCCACGCCAGAGACAACAGCAGUGUCGCAUCUGGAACACCCAAGUCAACAGCCGUUGCCCCUGCUGCCCCGGCCACUGAAACGGACACUGCGUCCAAGUCUGAAGUCAAGAGUCCACCUGCCUCUGCCGUGCCCAAGUCCUGGGCAGACUUGGUCCGGUCAAAGGCUUCAGCAAAGGCAGCUUCGGCUGCAGCAGCUUCGGCUGAAUCGACUGGAUUACCAGUGCAGAAGAACGAAAACCUUGCUGAAGUUUUGAGUGGACUGGGAGACGAUGUGACCCAGUAUAGCGACAAAAUCGCAUUCCUUGAACCUCGGGGUCUGGUCAACACUGGAAAUAUGUGUUACAUGAACUCCGUCUUGCAGAUUCUUGUUUCCUGCAUUCCAUUCUACCAGUUCCUGGACCACCUCGGCCGACGUGCCGCGCACAGCUUCCACAGUGAUCUUCCUCUGAUUGACGCUAUGAUCAUGUUCAUGAAAGAAUUCCGUGUUAUCGAUGCUGCUACUUCGGAGGAUCAAUUGCGCCUCAGGCUGAAAGCCAAUGAGCUUGAGCAGUACGGAGAUGCUUUCGCCCCCGAGUUCGUUUACGAAAUGGUCCGACAACUGCCACGUUUCAGGGAUAUGCGACGCGGGCACCAACAGGAUGCCCAGGAAUUCUUGGGUUUCCUUCUCGAGGAGAUGCACGAGGAGUGCGCUCGUGCUGAGAAGUACACUGCGGCAAAGCAGGAGGGAGACGAUUCUGCUGUUGAUGGCUGGCUGGAAGUUGGUCACAAGCAGAAAGCGGCCGUGACUCAAAUUUCCGGCUCCAUUUCCAGCGAGUCACCAGUCACACGAAUCUUCGGUGGCAAACUUCGAUCAGAGUUCAAAGUCCCUGGCAACAAGACUUCUGUUACACUGGAGCCUUACCAGCCUUUGCAACUUGACAUUGGGUCGCACGAAGUCCACAACAUCCUCGAUGCGCUCAAGGGGCUGACUAAACCAGAGAGCAUCCAGGGUGAUUUCAACUCAUCUCGUGGAUCGAACGUCACCGCCACUAAGCAAAUAUUUAUCGAAACACUACCCCCCGUCCUGAUCCUUCAUCUGAAGCGCUUCCAAUACGAUAGCCUUACUGGAGCAACCCAGAAGAUUUGGAAGAAGGUUGGAUACCCGCUCGAACUGGACCUUCCCCGUGAAGUUUUCCCUCCCCAUCGCCGCAAUGCCAUGGCUGAGUCUGGCCCACCCAAGUACCGCCUGAUGGGAGUUAUCUACCACCACGGAAAGAACGCCAGCGGUGGCCAUUAUACAGUAGACGUUCGGCGCCAAGAAGGCCUGGAAUGGAUCCGCAUGGACGACACUGUCAUCCGCCGUGUUCGUAGCGAGGAUGUCGCCGAGGCUGGUGGUGAGGAAGACCCCAAGGCUCUUGCAGCCGCUCUGGAGCACCACAAGCACAACAAAACACCCAACGGCAACAUUUUCGAUCACAUCGACCAGGAUGACAUGGACGCCGACAACGACAAGGGCUGGAGCCAAGUCAACGGCAAUGGAGUCAACGGACAUGCCAGCAAAAAGUCCGUCAAUGGUGUUAACCCCUCCCCUGGUCCUUCUUCUGGAGUGCGUACUCCGCUUGGCCGCUACGGCUCUCGCGACAACAAGGUCGCCUACCUCUUGUUCUACCAGCGCAUGGACUGA